CUCAACCUUGAUGCCAACAUGGCGGAUAACGCCGUCUACCGAGCGUUGAGGCUGUAUGUUCUUUUCUUUACUGAUGGCUCUUCUGAUGUCUGUUCUCUGUAUCUAUGAGCUACUAAUUUCUCCCAGUUGCCUUAAUUUCCAUUUUUUCCUUUUUCUUCAGCCACAUCGCGCCUGACAAGUUUUAUAUCGAGCCGAGGGACCAGCAAUCAGUUGGUGAUCAAAUACUCGAAAUAGACCGUGUUACACAAGAGUUAAGUCUAGCAGGUAAAAAUUGUGUCUAAUUAGAUUUUCAAAGGGUCACUUCACAGGCGGUUGUAUGACAAUCAUCGUCUUAAAUUUAAGGCGUGUUUUUGACUAGUGAAAAUGAUUUCGUUCUAACCGAGUAAUAAGUUUCAUUAAGCAUUACCCUAUUAAGAAACAGUCAUUAUCACGACGUGAUUCUUCUUUGUUUACCUUCUCGCAGACCUUGGAAAGAACAUUUUAACCUAUCAGUAGUUACGAUUCGUUGAUUUUUGCGUGAAAUUAAAGAUCAGUUUUUUGUUAAAUUAUCAAACAUUUGUUAGUGUUACUUUAAAGCGUAUCGUGGGAGUUUUAACGAGGUUAUCAGAUGCUGGCGUAAAUAGACUACAAAAAAGCUACAAAGUCCAAGUAUUUCGCCAAGUUUUAUCUGAGUGCGUCCUUAAACAUGUCAUAUUCUUCUAAAAUUAUAUGUUAUAUAGUUUAACAUCUGAGACAUUGUACCUCCCGAUAUCUGCUGAAACGUAAACAUUGUUGUUUUUACAUAUAAACUAGAGCGUGUACUGAAUGAAAAAGGUAAGAUUUUUGCACAGCCCCAGACUUCACUAUGCAAACAGUUCUGGGAAAAAAAAUUGGGGAAAACAAAAGAUUGCCUUUUGGACUACAGCUUUGUUUUACAACAGCAUCGGGUGUGCAGAAAUCUUACCUUGAAAAAAAUUGAGAUCACCCCAUUAAUGUCAUGUAUUCAAAAAUCCAUUUUCUUCUAUCACAUUGUUAGGAAACAAUAUUAAUACUUGUUAUUCACAGCUGGCAGGCCAACAUGUUGACUAAAAAUAUUCUGCUAUGAGUUCAGUUUUCUUAGAUGUAUUCUGUUUGUAGAAACAGGUAGUAAUUUGUGAUUUUUAUCAUCCCCAUUAUAGACAAUGAGGGUCAAAUCCCACCAUCAGCUGAGAGUAGAGAUAUAUUUGGAAUUUUGGGAAUCAUAAAUUUGUUGGCAGGUAACCUUGAAACUAAUUGCAGUAGUACUUCAUGUAAUUCUUUGUUGUUAGCCUGGAAUUGUUUUUGAUGAUAAGUAUGAGACUUGUGCACUUGAAGAGCAUGGGAAAUACAGUGUAUAUCUACACGCAUAUUCUUUAUUCUACAACUUUGAAAUUAUAUUCGUACCCUUUCUUGAAGGCUUGUCUAUAGCAUGUUAUGUAAGAGGUAAGAUACUUGCAAUCCCAGCUCAACUCUUUUAUUCGAUGAAGAUGAAAAUCCAAGUACCCUAAAAGGGAACCUUCCUGUUGGUAUCUGGGAUGUUCAACCGUAUAAUGAGCAAUUAAUGGAUAAGGUGGGGCAUGAUAUUACAAAUUAUCAAUGGCAGGGUCUGAGUUAUGGGUGGAAGCCAAAGGCUGAGGCGGGUAGCACAUACAUGAGAUUUGUGAAUUUAUAAUAUCACGCGGAAACCAAAUUCAAUAAUUAUUUUAUUUUACAUUUUUGAACAAUCUGCAAAAGAUGACACUUCUCUCUAAGUUUGCAAAAGUUUGAGAAAACUCUCUGGAUGAGGGGCUUGCAAACUGAGAAGACCUUGAAUUAGACAUGAUGAGCCAGAUAAUUGGGUUAUCGUGUCAACUUCACAUGCUAUUGUAUAUUGAUUGUAUGCUCUCAACCAAUCUCUCUCUCAUUGUGAGUCUAAUGUUUAAUAACAAUCAUUAAACUUGCCACAGUAUUUUUUCCUAAGUUACUUUACAUGUCUGCUACUAUUUUCCCAUAGGACCAUACUUGGUUGUAGUCACUAAGAAGACUCUUGUAGGUCAUGUCAGGGGUCAUGAAGUAUGGGUAAUCAAAGGAACAGAUAUUCUGGCUUUUCCAAGAGCAACAUUGCAUCUCACAGAGAGUCAGGUACAUGGAGAUGGGUUUUGACUGAAUUAUUUCUAUGUGUGAAAUUAUAUUAGUACUGAUGAUGAUGAUAGUAAUAAUAAGUAUAAUAACAAAAAUAACAAUGAUGAAAAAAAAUUCCUCUCAUCAAUUUGACAGCAACGGAACAACAAUAUCUACUUAUCAAUGGUGCAGUCAGUUCUUCAGACCAGCAGCUUUUACUUCUCUUGUACAUAUGAUCUAACGCACACUCUGCAACGCCUCUCAAGAACCAGCCCAGACUUCCUUCAGAUGCCUCUCUUUGAAAGGGUAUGAGCACAUUAAAAGUCACAUUCAUUAUAAAUACAGCAAUAAGAUAAGAGGAAUAUGAAGAAUAUCUCCUUACAAUAUAAAUUCAUUAUCAACGGGAUAAGUGAUGAGAAUAAAGAAAAAUAUCAAUUUGGGGAUAAUUAGUUGAUUCAAUACUUAAUUCUCUGAACUAACAUUAUAAGAAUUGUAUACUUGACAGUAAUGAGAAUGACAAAUUUGGUCUGGGAGUUAAAGGUUAAGCAGUUAUUGUGAUUGUUCUUGAGCAAGACACAUCACUCCUCAGUACCCCUCCCUACCCACAGGGUUGUGAUUACUGGUAGGAACACAGCAGAAACCUUCUGUUGUUAGACCAUCUCUAGGUGUCUACUCUGUGAAUUGUGAUCAAAGACAGAAAUGAGUAAUUUUGAACUGAUUCUAGCAUCAAUGUCUGGCUGAAAAAAGUUACUCAAGUGUAUUCCAGAAUGCUAGAAUUCAUGUCUCAAAGAAUCCAAAUAUUUCAAAUUUUGCAGAAGGUGCAUGCACCUAGACCCCCCAUACAAGAGAAUUUUUCUUUGCAUCAUGUCAUGCUGCUAUGUAAGCAUAAUUCAGUUCAUCUGCUUACUCAGUUCAGAUCACACAUCUGUUGUAUUUCCUUAAGACAACCCUGCACCAGGAGUAUAAAUGAGAAAUUAAUUACAAAGUAUAAGGAAAACUGACAAAUAGCAGGGAGGUUAGUCGAGAUGACCUACUCCCACUUACUUACUGGAUCAGAAACAACCAACCUAAUGCCCACUAGAGAACAUCCUAAUUCCAUUUUCACUGAUGAAAAUUUUCCCAAUUUUUCCCAUUAGGCUGAUCCUCGAUUUGUAUGGAAUGGUCACCUUCUAAGACCUUUAGUUGUGCAACCAGAGGUAACUGUCUCUCAAAUACUACUUGAGUGUUAUUUAAAUUGUUAAUGAUGAUGAGGCAUUUAUACAGUGCAUUCUCCAUAUCAAAAUUAUUUUAUCACUUUGUGGGAGACUUUGGCCAGACAGCAUCAAGAAGUUUACGAUUUAUAGAUGAAAUUUUUACAGGUUUUCCCCAAUUUAGGAAUUUUUGGAAACAAGGCCAGACCAAAACAGUGGGAGUUACAUUCCCAGGAGUACUCCACAUGAUUACAUCUAGUUGUUGAAGAGAGGAAUGAUUUUUGAUCAUCUGAGAUUGACUGAAUGACUAGUGCUUAGUUUAUACUAACUAAUUGACUUUCAACCAGAAUACCGGUAAUCAUUUGUUACUUCCUCGAUUCACUGAUUGAUUUUCAAAUAGUCCAACACAUGCAUAAUAUACCUUUUUGUUGUCUUGAUCUUCUCUUACAGCUUUACAAAUUUAUACUUCCAGUUAUGCAUGGCUGUAUCCUUUUUUAAAAUAAAAUGCUAUGUACAACUGUGAAUCCUAUAUAUGUUAGUCUUGUCAGUUUUUCUUCCGUUCAUUGUCUUAUUGUCAUUAAAGAAAGUCUUUCUCCUGGUUUCUUGACAAAAGUUGGUACUUUCAGCCAUAUAUGUAAAUUUUGUUGUGAGAAUUUGGUGUUGUCUUAUUCCAGAAAAUAUAUUUACUAUUGAUUAUUGUAUUGAUACUAUAUGGAGAAAUUCUGUCCUGGUCACUCCUCGGAGUAAAAGGAUUCAAACCAGUUUUAAGUUUUCUUUUACUAAAAUGAGUUGGUACUUUGAAAUCUGCUUUAUGUCUUUUCAAAAGAUUUUCUUUUCUGCUUCAUUUAAGUUUUCUACUAAAUGAUGGUACUUGAAAUCUGCUCUUUUUCAAAAGUUUUCUUUUCAGCCUCAGCAUUAGUCAGAACAUACCAACUAGACCUGACAAUGUAAUGAUACUACUCCUCCUUUUGAGGUUUUCUUUCAUUAAAAAUGGAAAACAAAAUGGAAAACAAACAAAUGAUAGAUUCUAUUGCUCUAGUAAGCAACUCUAAUUCGCAACAAAGUUUUCUUGGUCUAUUUGUCAGUCUGGCUUGUUAGUUGUAAGUAAUAUGGUAACUGUCUUCAGCCUGACUGUCGAUUCACUGAAAAUCUGAAUAUUGAUUGUUUCCCUUAACACUGCCAAGUCAUCUCCAUCAAUUCCUGUGUUAUUAAGCAGAACACAUUUGAUUUCAUCCUUAUAUCAAGAAGAAGUUGUUUCAGGGCAGGUAUGUGUGAGUUUGUUUUUGUAAUUUUGGUUACAUCCUUGGGCCAGAUAUAUGGUGGAGGGGCAAUUUUCUAAAGAAACUGUGGUGCUGCAUUGGUGGGAGAGUAUAACAGGAUAAUUUAGUAUUAUCAACUAAGUUGAUAAGAAAAACUGACCACCAUAAAGAGUUUUUUAAAGCUGAUGUUUCUAGCCCUUUACAGAGCAAAUGGGCUAACAUGGCUCCAUUUACUCUGACAAAGGGCCUAAUGCUUGAAAUGUCUGACUCAGCUUUAAAACUCUUUAUGAUGGCCAAUUUACAUCAUCAACCCAGAUGUCUGGUAAGUUUUGUAUAAUUGGAGUUCAGUGGGCCAAUUAUCUUGUCAAUACAAAAAUUAUGAUUUAUAUGAUUUCUGUCUCCCUCAGGUACACGUUACUUCAUUCGAGGACUUGAUGCUGAAGGAAAUGCUGCAAAUUAUGUCGAAACUGAGCAGAUUACUCAGUUUGAAUCUGGAGCAUGUUCUUUUGUACAGGUAUGAAAGCAUUCAGUCCCCUGUUAGGUGCAGUCAAAGAAUUUUUAAAAAAAAACUGUGUCCUCUUUGCUCAUGACUGUUUUUCUUUGUCAUAGACAAGAGGAUCUAUUCCACUGUUUUGGUCUCAGAGACCCAACCUUAGAUACAAACCAGUACCACUGCUAAAUCCAUCAGCUGACCAUGUAAGUGUUGAAGAUCUCCUCUAUUAUAUGUACAUUUUGUGCAAACUCUUUGGGGCAGAAAAGAGCGGAGGAAAAAAAGAUAAAGAAUUAGUGAUUAAGACCCAUAGAUAAGAGGUUUGUACCCAGUACACCAUAAUAAUACUAAUAAUACAGUAUUUAUAUAGCGCUAUUUCUAUUGCUAUUCAAUAGCGCUUUACAAUUCAUUUAUAAAGGACAUUGAUAAAAUUUAUAAAAACGUAAACAUCACUAAAAUAUGAGUAAAAAACCAGCUAAUAAAAAAUCUGUAAUGAUGAGAGUAAAAACUGUGAAACUUAUAAUAGAACUAAUUCACUAACUAAUGAACUAACUAACUAACUAACUAGCUGACUAACUAAUUAACUAACCAACUAACUAACUAUUUGCCCUUUAACUCCUAAAAGUGAUUAAAACGCAACUUCUCCCUAUAAUGUCCAUACAUUAUCCAACAAAUCAGUAACGAGAGUCAUCAAACUCUUGAGGUGCAAGGUGCUAUCUUGACCUUAAGCCAAAUUCUCAUAACUAAUUUACAAGGUAGCAUAUGUGUACAUGAAGCCAUCAGAGGGGAGAAUUAACAAUCAGAUUUUGGGAGUAUUAAGGGGUUAAGCCUGCACACAAGCUCUCUUUGGGGGGAGGGGGGUGGGGGCUGUGUAUGGGGAAAGAAUUAAGAGAGGACAUGAGACAAAGCUUGCAAUGUUGUUUCAUAAGGUUAAUUCUGCCCCCAGAAACCCUUGUUGUCUGUCAGAAAGACCACUUGUGGGAGCUUGCAGAUUGCUCCUUUACCUUAGCCCUUAACUCCCAGAAGUGAUUAGCAUGUAACUUCUCCCUAUAAUAUCCAUACAUUAUACAGCAAACAGGUAUUGAGAACACUCGAACUCAUCAGGUACAAUUUAUCACCUUGAUUGAACACCUAAUUCUCAUAAUCAAUUUACAAGGAAAUGUGUCGCAGUUACAUGUAGAGGGGAGAAUUGACAGUCAGGUCUUGAGAGUUAAAAGGUUAAACAAAAUCAAAUUAAAUGUGUUCAAGAACAAUAUGUCUAGUUGAGCAAAUUUUGUAUUGCACGGGAUGAGAAGUUCUUUGAUUUAUCAUUUUGGCAGAGAGGAGGAUUUGCUCUCCAUCUAGACAAAGAAAGAGUGUACUAUGGAGAACAUGUUUUAAUAAACCUUGUAAGUAUUAAAUUAAUAUUAGAAUUUCUCUUAUUUCAAAAGCAUGCAAAGACAACUAUGUUGUCUUGGGUGAUGUCAUUAUUAUCAUGGCGGUUUCACUUUGCAGAAGGUCCUUGUUAAUAUUCUAUAAAAAUUAUCAAGGUUGAAUCAAACUUUUUGUCAGGAAGAAAAGUUGAUUUUUAGCAUAAUAAUUCUCAAGAGCAUUUAGAUGUCAUCACUCUCCUUCUUUUUAACAGAUUGAUCAGAAAGGCCCGGAGAAGAUUUUAGGUGAUCGAUACACUGAGACUGUCAGUAAGGCAGGGUUAACUGACAACUUCUUGAGGUAAAAUGUAGAACAUGAAAUUUAACUUGAGUAUUAGAACAUUUUUUUGAGUUUUAAAAUCUUCUCCAGCAUGUCAACAAAGUAAUUUUGGGAUCAUCAACUCUUUCAACACAUCAUUCAGCAUUUAUGUUAUCGUGUUCUAAAGAACUUGUUGUGGUAAAAUCGUAGGCAAGUGCAACACUUUGUUCAUUCUCAACAAGGCAAUACUUGAUGAAAAUUAGGUAAAUGGUGGAAGGGAUUGUUGAAAAGCUGAUGAGUCAACCAUGAGCCUCUGAUCAGAGCAAAGGCACCUAUGAUGGUGGUUCUUUGGACCUCUAUGAGUGACUUGCAUCUAAUUUCUCCUUACAAUAUCACGCCUGAAUUACACAUUAAGGUCAUGAGAAUGAAGAAAAGGAUCACCACCCAAAGAGGCUCUUGAUUGUUAAACAAAUUCAUCUUUGUCAGCACCUUGGGAAAUUUAUACAGAACAGUAUUGAGAAUAUGCGUACUGAUGUCAGGGUGUAAAGGGUAAAGACAGUGUAUUAGACUAGUGUCUUUUCUUUGUUAUUAUUUUUGAAAUUGUAGAUAUGAGCCAUUUGAUUUCCAUAAAGAGUGCAGUAAGAUGAGAUGGGAAAGAUUGUCCAUUCUAACAGACAGAUUAAAAGGAGAUCAAGAGAAGUUUGGGUAUGUCCUCAGUAGCUCUCACUCUAUUUAAAAAAGAAUUGGUGUGGUACGCAUGCACUGUUCUUCUUUUCAGGUGGUAACCAGUAAAAUUUACCACCACUAGUAUCUCUUUUUACCACCUAAAAUCACUUGAAAUUCUUAAAAUUGAAUUAGUAAAAAUAUUACUCUAAGAGUUUGAUAAUUUCUUUUACCUGUUGCACUUAAAAUAAGAGAGAACACUGGGUAUGGAGGCAAUAAUAAUGAAGUACAGGAUACAUGUGCUGUGUUGCUCACCAUUUUUGUGACAUGUUUGAUCAUUUUUAUUUUGAAAAUACAUUUAUUUGCAAAGAUAUAUCUGUUAGUAACUACUGUAUUCAAGAGCAGGAGCCAUAGCUCUGGCAAACAGAAAUAUUCAAGUCUAAAAGAGAAGCAGCACUGAGAUGUCUCAUGCCCCCAGCAUGGAACAAGAUGCAGGAACGAAAAGUACCAUGUGUACUAAACAGUUUACUGAAGAAGUUUUACAUCAGUCCACAGUUGUUCAAUUGAUGCUUGUUACUAAAUUAAAUGUUAUGUUAUUAUCAUUACAUGUGUUGUGAUUUUGUUUUAUUCCUGUACUAGAUUUUUCUCUGUCAGAGGAAAAGAUAGUCAAAUUGACACUGAGCAAAAGGGAGUGUUCAGAACAAAUUGCAUUGACUCACUUGACAGGUAAAUAACCAUACCCAAGGUUAUACGAAUAGAAUUCAAAUCUCUAUUUCUUCCUUCAAUUGUUGCAAUUGUCAUAGAAGUUACAAAAUAAAUGUAAGGGUUUUAGAGUGAUGACAUUUGUUUGCUUGUUUCUUAUUUUGUUGAAGAACUAAUGUUGUUCAGAGCUUGUUCGCACGGAGAAGUCUUCAAGCACAGUGCGAGGUAAAGCCUGUCUCCUCUUUCAUACUCACAUGUAUUUUAGCAUUAGAAGUCAAUUGAUAGCAGAGUUGUACUUUUUCUUGAAGUUGACACACAAUCUGGAAAGGCUGAUAAACAGUUGGUGCAUCUCUUUGAGCAUGUUAAUAGUAUUCCUUUUUUAUAUGCAUGGCUGGUUUUGUGACUAAGAAGUAGGUUGAAGCAAAUCUUAUUUCCACAUCCACUACCCAAGAGUGCAAGAUGGGCCAUGAAUUACCCACCAUGGUCCCUCAAAAAGAAAAAAAGUGUUUUAGCCAGGUUACAUAGUACCUAACCUCCAAACAACUUUUUUCUAAAAGAGAAAAAGUUUACUAAGGCACUCAAUACAGGAAAAUCAGAUUCUUUUCUUUAAAUGUCUUCAGGGCAUGAAAUAGUCCUACGCCAAUGUGACUAAAUUUUUCUUGGCACCAAAUCCUGAAUAUUAGUUGCCAAAGGCGACUAGAAUGUUUCAUCAUAACCUUACCUAGAAAUAUAGUAAAUUAAAAAAUUUCAAAGAUAAAUUCUUGGCAAACUUCCUCAUUAACUUGAACAUGCAUCUCAAUCGAUAACUAGAUUUAGGAUGGAUUUAGGAGAGCUUGAAUGUUGCAUAUCAUCCAUUCUAUUGUCCACUUUGUAGCACGUUAAUGAUCUUUUCCCUAACUUAAUUUCUAGAAUGAUGACAGCGUAAAAAAAGGGUUUGUUUGUCUUUGAAAAUGGCAACCAAUUUUUUUUGAAUUGGCUACCACUUUGAAUAAUUUAGGAGCCAAGUGGCUAUCAGAAAAAAAAAUCAAUUUCACGCCCUGGUCUUUAUGGAUAAAUCUCAGCUCCAUGACGUCACACUUGGUCAAGUAAAAUUGAAAAUUCUGUAUUAAUGGUAAAUGUAAAGAAAAAUCAAUGUUAGUGUUUUCUUUGUGUGAAACUCACAACAGAAAUGUGACUUCCAUUAUAGCGAUUUGAAAUUCUAAGCCCAGGAGAGAGAAUAGAGAGUUAUGCAGGAAUGGAGAAGGCAUUCAAGAAUGGUAGGUUAACAUUUACAGGGAGUGGGGAUGGCUCAGUGAUGAGAGUGCUUACCUCCCACUGCUUUUGCCCAGGUUCAAUUCCUGGCAUCACAUGUGGGUUGAGUUUGUUCUUGGUUCUUGUCUGUGCUCAAAGGGUUUUCCUCCCUCCACAAAAACUAAUAUUCUAAAUUCCAAUUUAACCUGGAAACAGAGGUCAAGAAGAGUGACCUCAUGGAAUGUCCACUAUAUUCUGUUUCCCACUUGUACUUUCUGCACCACUUGGUAAUUCUUAUGUAAAACUUUAUUUGUGAGAAAAAAUGAGAUGAAUGUACACAAGAAGAGAGGCUGGUGACUUUCCUCAAGCAUAACACUAUAAUUAUAAAGUUUGUUAUCUAGUUUUUGUCAUUCUCUCUCUCAUUGUUUUGCAAAUAUUGAUUUUGUCACAGUCUGGGCAGACAAUGCUGAUGCAUGCUCUGUGCAGUAUGCUGGAACAGGAGCUCUCAAAACAGAUUUUACAAGGUAUUACUCACAGUGCUAAAACACUUCUCAGUAAGCAUGAAUUUUCAGCUAUGUUAAUAAGAAACUUCUCAAUCUGUAAUAUUUGAUUAUCAUAACUAAUUUUGGCUCGCUGAAAAAUUGGGAACAAUUCUGCAGAUUGUGGUACUGAGGAUACGAUUCAGAAUACUCUUUAGGUUGUUAAAGUUUAAAAUGUUUUGUUCCUUCACAUUAGCUUGUGAGGGAAAGACAUUUGCCACUUCUACUCCCUUCCUUAUUCCAAACUCAAACUCAUGCCCUUGGGCAGCAACAUGCUCCCUCAACAACAGAUGCAUCAUGUAAGUUACAUGUUGCUGUUUCCAUAAUAAAAAGCUUUUCACAUGACAGGGUUGUUAGCCUUGUGCGAAACCCCUGAGCCUGGAAGACUAAGACUUAAUUUCUCUUGAGUGGUCUUGAAUUCUUAUAAAUUGCCAGAUAAUUCCCUCAAAAGACUGCUACUAACAAUGAUUUCACUUGAUGAUUUCAUUUUAUCAAGGGCAUACCACCACAUCAAAAAAUUUUAGCUUUCAUUCCUUGGGGGAAGUGAGUGUAGCAACAUCACACCACAAAAAAAAAAAAUGAGGAAAAAAGAAAAAGGAAAGUAAUUAUUAACCAUCCAUAGAUAUAACAAACAUUUUGGUUGUUUUCCACAAAUGUGUUGAAUCAAGGUAUUCGAUAUAACAAACCCUUGAUAAAACAAACUAAUUUCCUUAGUCCCUUGGUACAUAAAUGUUUUAGUGGGAAUUCAAGGUGAAUGUAACAGGUGCAAUGUUAAGUAGGUUGUUGUUGACCUAGAGAAGGCUUACCAUAUGUAAUAACUUUGUGUUACACUGUGUAUAGAACUGGAAAGCGUUCAACACUUGGAGCAUUAAAGGAUGGUUUUAAUUCAGCUGUGAGGUAUUACAAGAACAACUUUGCUGAUGGAUUUAGACAAGUGAGUGAAAUCAGUUUGCAAAUAUUUCCUUGGGGCAAAGUAUGUUGAAUUGUGUGUAACUUAUUUCUCUUCUUUUCUGCUUAUGUUUUUGCUUCAAGACUGUUCACAGAUGACCUUAACUGUUGAUCCUAAAAAUGAGUUGCAUCUAAAUUUUUCCUCACAAGAUCACCCCUGAAUCAAACAUUAACAUCAUGGGAAUAGAUUACAUAUUAAAAAGCUCUUGAUUGUUAAGCAAAUUCUCAUUAUCAGCUCUUUAGGAAAUGUAUAGAGAACAGUCUGGAGAAUAUGCAUACUGAUCUUGUAUAAUGGUGUAAAGGGUUAAGAAAUUUUGACUUUAUAUGCUUAUAGGAUUCAAUUGACUUGUUCCUUGGAAACUAUGUGGUAGACUCCAAUGAAGGAAUCUCCAAACCAUCACCUCUUGAAAUUCUCAGAGAUUGGAGAUUUAUGGCUGUAAGUUCAGUGUUUUCCAUUUUUCUUGGUAACCGAAAAAAAGCAUUUUCAUGAUUACGCUUUUUGUGUAGCUCAUCCAUUUGUUGUUACUGGAAUUCUGUUGUUAGUUUUCCUUUUUACCUAUGCAGCAACAGCAAGCAUCACCAUUCAAACUUAUAAUUAAAACAUUUGAGUUCAUUCUCUUGUUUAACUAAAAUCUUAUUUUUCUGCUUCACUCUUUUAGCUCCCAAUGAUCCUUUUGCUAGGAUUCUCCAUGUUUGUUAUCAGUGUUUUAAUUCCAUCAAGUAAGUAUGAUAUACCACAUAAAUAGUACACUCCUGUUUUUUUGGGGUAUAUUUGUUGCAUGUGAGUUUUGCUUCCCUGGCUGCCUUUCAGUCAUGGUAGAUUUUCUGCAACUUUCAUUACUUAACAUCACCUGUAGCUACAUUUUGUUUGGUUUAAACAUCUUAAACAGCUACAAAAUUUUAAAUAAUUGCUCAAUUUUAAUUCGUGUCUAGGGACAUGCAAUCAAAGUGAGCAAUUAUCAUUCUCUAAUGGUCAUUUGUGACUUAAAAGUAGAUCAUUUCCAUGUACCAUAAUUUUUAGAAAUACUAUCAUAAUGAUAAACUAGUAAUCAUACCUGUACAUGCUGUGGCCUGCAUGGUAGGACGAAGGAAUCACAAGUGUCCACUUCUCCUAGACAGCAUGCUAGUCCUUUCCUAGUAUUGCAGAAGAUUUCCCUUAGUGUUCACCAGUUGGUACCCAGGGAAGCAGUGUGCACAGAGAUUAACACAACAUAAUAAGCCUGGCCAGGGCUUGAAACUCAAACUGAGCCUCCUUGAUGCAGAAAAUUUCAAUUGGGUUUGUUUUAUCUCCUGAGUUGAUAAUGUAAAUUGACCAAUGCAGAUAGUUUCAAAAAGUUUUAUGUUUCAAGGGUUAGCCCUUCAUCAGAGCUAAUGCAAAUACAGAGCCUACUAUCAGCCAACUUUGGGGCACACCUUCAACUAUGUGUGAAAGGCAUUCCUGUGAUGUAAUAAUUUCUUUCUCCUUUUUUCUUGCAGCUGAUUAUGGAGUACAAUUUCUUUAUGUGUUGUUCUGGGGUGGUGCUGUGAUGAUGACACUGUAUGUGGUGCUGUAUUUCGGCAAUGAAUACGUUGAUCAACCACGCCUGGUGCAAGUUCAAGCAAAGGACAAAAAUGUUUGACUAGAAUCAUCAACAAAUUCACCCCUUUAUAUCUUGGUGUAAAUUAUAUCUAGCUAUAGUCAGUGAUUAAUACCAUGGUAAAAAUAUAUGAAUUUAAGGAUUUAUGAAUCGAGGUAAAAUUGGCAAUGUACAAUUUACAUCCUGCAAACUUGGGUAGGUUAUGAAGUGUGGUAGCCAUUCAUUACAAAAACAUUGGCUAGUAAGGGUUUAAAAUUAAGAUAUUGGACAAAAUAAGGCAGGGUAAGAGUUAAUUUAUCCAAAUCUCACCUCGAGGCUGUCAAGCAAGAGAAAUUGAACAUCAAUUUCUUUAAGCUUCCUUUGGCUAAUUAAAAUUGCACAUAUUUUUUUAGUUAUAUCACAAAAUGUGAACAGUGUUACAAUGAUUUUGUUUAAUGCCUAGUAAACAAGCUAUGACAGGCUGCUGUAUUUGCAGGGAACACCAUCUAAUCAUAUUAAAAUUCCAAACAUUAAACAGAAGGUUGUGAUUGUUCUCCUGACUUGAGCCCUAAAACUCUUUAUUGUAGGAGCUGUGCUAUCUUGCUAGUAGAAUAUUUAGGGCCAUCAUUGGUCUCUUGUAAUCUUUUAAGAAAAUCAGCAUUUUGUUACUUUCUGUAUGAUAAUAUUGUUAUCAGUUACACUUGCACAAUGAAAGACUAGUGUUAACAUAUUGGCAUGAUGGGAGCCAAAAAAACUAAGUGUUUAUUUGAUUAAUUAGGUACUUACAUCAUGUAGUAAAGAUAUUAAGUAUCAUUGGUAUAUAUUAUUUGCCAGAAAUUAAUACUAUGGUCAUCUUUAUGAAGAGACAAGAGACCAUAAUCACAUGUAGUAUCAAAAAGUUCCAAUACAUUAAGUUGAAUAUCUACAAAGUUCAUAAUGAAGGGAAAAUCAAGAGCCCCAUGAUUUUCUCUGUAAACCUUUUCACUCCCAGUAUCUAGAGCAGAUUCUCUUUACUGGUAGCCACACAUUUCUUUAUUGGUUGUUAGUGAGAAUUUUAAUAUAUAUCAAGACAAUGUUCCAAUGAGAUGAUUUUCUUAAUUCUCUUUUGCUGUUUGUUUGAAAGUGGGUUAAAAUGUUGUAGAGAAUGUAUGAAAUGAUCCCACCUUGAGAUGAAAGGGUUGUCAUUGCUUGUUGGUGCUACCAUCAGUUCAUCAAAAAUAUCUCGCAUUUGAACUUGUUCAUGCACAGUGACACAGUUUUAAUAUUUUGAUAAUUUUAAAAUUAUUUAAGGAAAGACAAUUUUAAUGGAGAUACAAGAAAUAAAGAGGUUGACAUUGUUCAUUUCAUUUGUAAAGG